CAUCAUCAUGAAAUUAACAUAUUUAAUUAUACUCACGGUUUGCCUAAUCCAUGUGCAGUGCAACCAACAACUGGUCUUUGAAGUCGAUCGGUUCAAACGUGCGGUUAAUAGGACUUAUGUGGGUUUUGAAAAAGAGAAAAACCUAGAAUGGAAAAAGUCUUAUCACUUUAUACAGGGAGCGGACACACAGUUUGGUAUGAUUGAGACGUUUUUGCAAAACAAAACCGACGGCCAGUGGGGGGAAGAGAUAGCACUUACCCAACAGGCCAUCACUGAGUGGAAUGCUAUGCAACCAAAGCCCAAGUUUGUGGUCAUUUGCGGUGAUUUGGUGGACGACUUGCCGGGACGAGAGCCCCGACGGGCCAAACAGAUCGCAGACUUUAAACAAGUGUUUCAAGCGUUGGAUAAAGAUAUACCGCUUGUAUUGUUG